UCUGUGUUUGUUCACUGACCGUCUCAAGAUGAUUCGCUAUCUCGGCCGCCAGCUUUUAACCUCAAAACCGCUUGUUGCAUAACUAUCACUUAUUGGGUAUUAAGAUAUUGCACAUAGAUGGUGUUCACAUGGCCUGGCGGUCCUGGUAUGUAAUAAUCAGACUCCUGGAGGCUGGACGCAGAUAAGUCCGAUACCUGCAUGACGAUGGCGGUGUUCGACCAGAGAGGCUGUGCAAGGCUUGAACAACCCCCAAGAUUAUAAGACUCCUAGUCACUGCCUUCGCUUAGCCGUGUCUCAUCUCCAAUUCAAAUGCAAGUCUUUUAUCCUUCACCCUUUCUUCACUAUGACUGCCGGCGGCCUCGAAGCUCUCGCCGGUCCCGCAUCAAUCCUCCAGGUCCUGGACGCCUCUGGUCGAAUCUUCGCCGGCCUGUAUAAGUUCCUCGCGACCAUCCAUCGAUCUUCAAAGCUGAUCCCAAUACUACGAACGAAACUCGAUCGACUGGAGAAACUCCUUACCGAUGUCCGCGCGCUGGCUCAAACCUUCCAAGGCUCACCGCUGGGAAUCCAGCCUGGUGCCAGGGCGACGUUUGGAAGGCUGAACGAUGAGUUGAUUGCGUGCAAGGUGGAUUUGAUGAGCUUGGAGAAGUUUCUCGGAUCCGUGUCGAGCAAGUCAGGUCCUAAGUUAGGCAAGAGCAAGGUCGCGUUGUCGAAGAAGCUGGGCUAUGUGCUCGACGAAGGGGAGAUAUCUCGGCUGUCGGCUGAGAUUGACGGACAUAUUGGACGGGUGAAUGGUUUGCUGUCCACCCUAGGGAGGACGAUCGAUGUCGAAAUCCAUCGACGGAUCGAGGCCGCAGUAGAUGUUGCGCAGGAUGUGAAGCAGAGCACGGCAGCUGAGUUGAAAGAGUUGCACAAGACAAUUGAAUCAAUUGAGGAGCGAGCAGCGGAGAGGGAGCGGAGGCAGAGUGAGCACAUGCGUGGAAGUCUAGAUGCUCUGAAAGACGAGCUCCAGGAGGUGAAGGAAGCCGUUCUGGAGAUUCCAUUACGUCCGAAUGAGACGCUGUCGCAGGCGCCUACGCGAGUCAACUCCAUGGAACCCCCUGACUUCGCGCAAGACCCAGACCUCGUGGUUAAAGAACCCCAACCAAAGCUCACUGCUGAUACCUCCAACUCCGCUGCUGCUGCUAACACCGCGACCAUCGACGCUGCGGCAUUCCUCCACUCAUUUUCAGCUCUGCUCCUUACGAUGCGCCGGGUCCUCUCUAAUCUUGAUACUAACUCCAUCUACUACCCUCGCUACCUCGAGAAAUUCGAGAUUCCGAAAAAAGCACAGGACAUGCUCCUCCGCACCAUCAACCGGCUCUUCUCACGCGUGUCCGCCGCGGCGUCCGAAUCGCUGGAAUCGACCGACAAUUCCGGAACGGACGCCGGGAUGAUCGCGAUGAGGCAGCGUCUUCCGAAGCAGAGGCUCCCGCAAGUCCAAGACAUCGAACCUGCGCCAUCGAAAAAAACGCUUGCCCGAGGGUUCAAGCAACUGAAAUUGAACGUUUCUCAGUCCCCAGAGCUGCAUGGUGAGUGGCGGCUGAGCACCCGCGACGGCGUGAUCUACGUGCUCAUCGAAGGCAUACACUCCACGCUCCCCUGGCCGCUCGGCACCGACGACGCGGGCCGCAUCAGUCUCUGCUUCGUGCCGAAUUCCGGGCUGCACAUCCCCGGAAUUGCGAUCGCACUGAUGAAGUGGGGACACGGGAGGCAGUAUUCGGAGUCGAACGACACUGUCGAUUGCGUGGACUUUGAUGCGGUGGUGUCGGCGUUUAAUGUGGUAAGGUCGGAUGCGCCAGUGUUACAGGCGAUUGCGGAUGGGGAUCUGAAGCAGGUGUUGGGGCUGUUGCGGAGGGGGGAGGUCGGCGCGAUGGAUCGGGAUCGGGAGGGGAUGAGUUUGCUGGCGCAUGCGAUUUCGGCGGGGAAUAUGGAUAUGUGUCGGUUGCUAUUGAAGAUGGGGGCGGAUCCUCAGGAUGUGCAGAAGUAUGAGCAGCUAGCGUUUCAAACGGUGGGGAAAUGGCUGGAGUAUGUGUGAUGUCGCUUGAGGCGAUCGGGGUUGUAUAUUAUGGAACUUAGCAAGGCGUUGGGGUUUGGGUGAGGGGGUGCGAAUAGGCUGGAACGCCUGCUUUUAGGAUACCCAUUUGGAAUUAUGACUACUCGAACGAGAUG